AUGCAGCCAGAUCGAACGGUCACCGCGCCGCACGCCUUUGCCAGCACUCGCGUCCAAGUUCCAAUCCCAAUUGCGUGCGCAGCGAUGGCGGCUGGGGAGCCGCAGCAGGGCCGGCGGUACUGGCGGUGGAGCAAAGCCGAUUUUUUCCCGGAGCCCUCGUUCCAGAGCUGGCGCGCGUACGGCGGCGCGCUCGCGGCCACCGUGCCGCGCCUGCGCGACCGCGUGGCCGCCCGGUCCUCCGAGGCCGUCGAGGCGGGGACGCUGCUCGCCGAGAGCGAGAACCCGCUGCGCCGCUGCCUCUCCUGGGUCGACCUCGCCUUCCUCGGCUUCGGCUCCGUCGUCGGCUCCGGCGUCUUCGUGCUCACCGGCCAGGAGGCCCGCUUCGACGCGGGUCCCGCCAUCCCGCUCGCCUACGCCGCCGCGGGCUUCUCCGCCCUGCUCUCGUCCUUCUGCUACGCGGAGCUCGCCACUGAGAUCCCAUCUGCCGGGGGGUCCUUCUCGUACCUGCGGGUCGAGCUCGGCGACAUGGCGGCGUUCCUCGCCGCCGGGAACAUACUGCUGGAGGCCGUCGUGGGGGCGGCCGGCCUCGGGCGCUCCUGGACGUCCUACCUCGCCGCGCUCUUCGGGCUCGACACCGACGCGCUCCGCAUCCACGUCCCGGCGCUCGCUGAAGGUUUCAAUCUGCUCGAUCCCAUCGCCGUCGUCGUCCUCAUCUGCACCUCCGCCCUGGCCAUGUCCGGCGCGCGCCUCACCUCCACCAUCAACUCGCUGGCGUCCGUGAUCGGCAUCGUCAUAAUCGCCUUCGUCGUCGGCGCGGGUUUCUCGCACUUCCACUCCAGCAACCUCGUCGAGCCGACCUUCUUCCCCUUCGGGGCCGCCGGCGUGUUCCGCGCGGCAGCGGUGGUGUACUGGUCCUACACGGGCUUCGACAUGGUGGCCACCAUGGCGGAGGAGACCAAGAACCCCGGCCGGGACGUGCCGCUCGGCCUCCUGUCUUCCAUGUCGGCCAUCACCGUGGUGUACUGCGCCAUGUCCCUGGCGCUGGUCGGCAUGCAGCGGUACAGCGAGAUCGACCCCAACGCCGCCUACUCCGUGGCGUUCGCCGCGACCGGGCUCAAGUGGGCGCGCUACGUCGUGGCGCUCGGCGCGCUCAAGGGCAUGACGAGCGGCCUCCUGGUGGGCGCGCUGGGGCAGGCGCGGUACACCACGCAGAUCGCGCGCACGCACAUGAUCCCGCCAUACUUCGCGCUCGUGCACCCCAGGACCGGCACGCCCGUGUACGCCACCAUGGCCGUCACGCUCGGCGCCGCCUGCGUCGCGCUCUUCUCGAGCCUGGACGUGCUCGCCUCCGUCUCCUCCAUCAGCACGCUCUUCAUCUUCGCCCUGGUCGCAGUCGCGCUCCUCGUCCGCCGGUACUACGUCGCCGGGAAGACCCCGGCCAAGCAGCUGCGCACCUUUCUCGCCUUCCUGGCGCUGGUGGUCCUGUCGUCCAUCGGGCUCUCGGCGUACUACAACUCGCGCUACGCCAGGCGGUGGCCGGGGUACGCGGUGUUCGGCGUGGGCUGGGCGGCCGGCGCGGCGGGGCUGGCGCUGGCAGCGAAGCAGCAGCGGCAGCCCAAGGUGUACGGCGUGCCGCUCAUGCCGUGGCUGCCGGCCAUGUCCGUGGCCACCAACCUGUUCCUGAUGGGCUCGCUCGGGUCCAUGGCCUACCUGCGCUUCGGCAUCUGCACGGUGGCGAUGCUCGUGUACUACGUGCUCUUCGGCGUGCACGCGACGUACGACGUGGCGCACUCUGCGACGGCGGCCGACGUCGUGGCCGAGAAUGUCGAGCAGGGGAAGAUUGUGCCAGGGUCCACGCUGCCGGCAUGA